UGCAAAAAGUCAGCAGACGUCGUUUGGUUUCCGGUGUUCUUUCAGUUGAUCAGUUUUAUUUAAUGCCGCCGUUUCCGAUCGAUGUUUUAACAGAAAAGUUUAUUAAUUGUCGAUUAAAUGAAUGAAUAAGUGAGCGAAGACCUUUACCUUCACGAAAUAAAUGCAUUUGUGAAGUUAGAAGACAUCCUAAAGGCUCGAAGCCAUCCUGUAAGAUAAAAGAUCUAAAAAUAUGAUUACUCUAUCAAAAAAAAUGAAAAAGUCAUCUGAAGAUCAUCAGGAAGAUAAUGAUUUAACGGCAGGAAAGCGCAUAUCUAUACGAGAUAAACUACUAGUUAAAGAAGUUCAAGAUAUGCAUAGUAAUUUGCCAUCUACAUGUGAAGUCACCUUUGAAAAUCCAGAUGAACUUCAUAAAUUCAGUUUAGUUGUCAGUCCUGAUGAAGGUUAUUGGGAAGAAGGAUGCUUUAGUUUUAGUAUAGAAGUUCCAGAAGAUUAUAAUAUGGUGCCUCCAAAGGUAAAAUGUACUACGCGGUUAUGGCAUCCAAACAUUAGUGAAGAUGGUGAUAUUUGUUUGAGUUUGCUACGAGAGAGUUCUAUAGAUGGCUUAGGUUGGGCACCUACAAGAACUUUAAAAGAUGUCGUGUGGGGUCUUAAUUCACUUUUCACAGAUUUAUUAAAUUUUGAAGAUCCAUUAAACAAUGAAGCUGCAGAACAUUUUCAAAAAGAUAAGGAAGGAUUUAAAUCUAAAGUAAAAGAAUAUGUGCAAAAGUAUGCCAAGAGAUGAAAUUU